AUGGGGCGCGCCGGCAACCUAAAGCUUCUCACCCUCGUCUCGACGACCGGCGGCUUCCUCUUUGGCUAUGACACCGGCGUCAUCUCGGGCGCACUCAUUUUUCUUCAAGAAGAUUUCCACCUUGACUCGUUCCAGUCGGAAGUCGUCGUGUCGGCCACCGUUUUUGGCGCGAUCCUCGGCGCCGCGGCCGGGAGCUGUGCCAACGACGCGUGGGGUCGCCGCCGUGUCAUUUUGAUCUCGGCCGUUCUCUUUGCUAUUGGCAGUGCGCUCAUGGGUUUCGCCCAAACCAAAUACGAACUCAUUUUCGGCCGGCUCAGCGUGGGUCUUGGCCUUGGUCUCUCGUCGCUUACAAUUCCGCUGUACAUUGCCGAAGUCUCGCCACCAGAACAACGUGGCACGCUCGUGUCCAUCAACACGCUGCUCGUGACGGGCGGUCAGUUCUUCGCGACGGUGUUUGCGGCCGCAAUGAGCUCGCACCCGACGGGAUGGCGCUACAUGCUUGGCCUCGCGACGCUGCCAGCGGUCCUUCAAUUCAUUGGUUUUUUGUACCUCCCAGAGAGCCCGCGCUGGCUCAUUUCCAAGGGGCGCAUGGAAGAAGCCGAGCUUGCAAUCACGGCGAUUCGCGGCCAAGACGCCGACGAAGAAGGCUUGUUGACGCGCGAACUCAACCGGAUUGAAGCCGAAGUCAAGCGCGAAGAGGGCCGCGGGUCGUGGCACGAACUGUACCGGACCGAGUCGGUGCGCCGUGCGCUCAUCCUCGGCUGCUCGCUCCAGGCGCUGCAACAAUUCUGUGGUAUCAACACGGUCAUGUACUACGGCGUGAGCAUUAUCCGCAUGGCCGGGUUCGCCGACAACCAAACGGCGGUCUGGCUCGGUGCGAUCGUCGCCUUUAGCAACUUUCUCUUUACCUUUGUCGGGAUCUACCUCGUCGACCGCAUGGGCCGCCGGCCGCUCACGCUGCUGAGUCUGGCGGGUGUCGUCGUCUCGCUUUUCUUCCUCGGGCUCACGUUUUACUUUGCCGAGGCGGCGUCAACGUCCGUGAACGGCGUCGGUGUCUGCAGCCACAUUACGACGUGCUUUGACUGCGCUGCCAACACGCACUGCGGGUUCUGCGCGUCCGCAUUUGGCCCUGCGCGCUGCGUGCCUGGCGACGACCUCGGCCCGACGUCGCCCUUGACCUGCGGGUCGUGGGCGUACGGGUCGUGCCCGGACGCGUCGAGCUCCAAGACGCACGGCAUUCUGAUUCUUAUCGCGCUGUUUGUGUACCUGGCGUGCUUUGCGUCCGGCAUGGGAUCAAUGCCGUGGACGAUCAACGCCGAGAUCUACCCGCUCGCGAUGCGCGGCAUGGCCAUGAGCAUGUCGACGUCCGUCAACUGGAUCUCCAACCUCAUCAUUUCGUUCACGUUCCUCUCGCUGAUUGAAGGCACGACCACGUACAUCACGUUUUGGAUCUACUGCGGCGUCGCCGUCCUCGGUGCGAUCUACGUCUACCACGCCUUGCCAGAGACCCGCGGCGUCUCGCUCGAAGACAUUGACGAGCUCUUCACGCCCGAGAAGAAGAAGAAGAAGGAGCGGUACAGCCCCGUGGGCAUGGGCAUCUAAGCCACCAACCCUACACCUCCUACACGUGGAAUGCACGGAACGUUUGCGUGCUGGA